AUGAUUUUUGGAUUAAAAUUUUAUUUUUUAUAGGAGAAAUCAAAAAAAACGAUAAAAAGUUUAACUUUAAUAUUUUAAGGUACAAGAAAUGGAUUCAAUGGAUAAUCUUAUUGGAAAGAAAUCAAUAAUAAAGACAAUUUACUCAUGAUUUUUCAAUCAAAAAAUGAUUAUAUCUUUGGAGCUUAUUCUCCUUGUAAGUGGGUAUCUAAUCUAAAUAAUUAUGUGCAAGAUGAUACACUAUCAUCCUUUAUAUUUUCAUAAACUCACAAUUAAAUUUGUCCUUUGAAGUAAGAUAGAAGCAAUAUGCAAUUUAUUGUAAUUCUAGUUAGGGACCUGCAUUUGGAUCUGGACAUGAUUUUUACAUAGGUGUUAAUUUUAGUGAUGGUUAUUGUAAGUUAGGGAAUUCAUAUGAAUUUGAUAAAUAUCAAAAUUAAAGUGAAAAUCCUCAUUUAUUUGGAUAAAUUAAACCAGAAAUAAAGGAAUGUGAAAUAUAUUAAGCAUAAUUUAUUUGA